ACACGUGACGGAUUAUUGAUCGACGGCCACCUUUUGUACCUGUGGCUAUGUGUGGAUAUACGAUUGGGCUGUUUAAAGUGAGGGGUUGUUCUUUUGUUCGUUAUGCAACUUAAAAAUCCAAAAUACACGUGACGGAUUGUUAACGGUUAUGAAAAAACAUUCGUUACCCGAAACUACCCUAAAGUACUCUAGUACCCGGACAGGAUUCGCUGCAUUCGUACAGGGAGUUUAGUGACAUUUGUGAACGACAGCAGGGCGAUAGUCUGUGUGGACCAGGGAGAGAUCUGAAUCAGAGAAAGGGUAAUUGUAAAGGAGAGUGCUUUCAGAAUGAAUGGUCAUCCUGAAAAGCCGGAGAUGAAUGGGCAUGCAUCCAGCAAUGGGCGCGUACCCUCAUCAAAGGAUGAUGAAAAGAAGCCAAAUAUUCUACAGAGGAUAGCCAAUAAAAUUAUCUGGUUCUUCGAAACCGGGUUCGAGAAGAUUGGAGUUUUUGUGAGCACACACCCAUGGAAGACUAUUCUUAUCUCGGUCAUCAUUACUGGCCUCUUCUGUAUUGGAGCAGGAGUCAAUUUUACGGAGACGAAUGACAAUAGUGUGAUCUGGGUCCCAGCGGACUCGGAUUUCCUCGCCCAUAAGAGAUAUGUCGAAAGUGUCUAUCCGUCCACAACUAGGUUUUUCUACCUAAUAUUCGUCUCAAGUAAUGUCAUGAGUGCAACUACUACACAGAAGAUUUAUAAUGCCUAUGAUGCUAUCAUGAAUAUUAACUCUGGUUCUACCAACUUUUCCUCCAUUUGCCUUAUGUCUGGCGGAAACUGCUUGGUGACCAGUGUACUGGAGCUGUGGUCAUAUGAUAAUGGCACCAUCUCAGGUCUCUCAGACGCGACAAUACAAACAGCAGUGAACAACGAAACCACCAGCCCUAUGUACAAAUCUCCCUGGGAGGCUACGAAGGUUUUGGGAGAGAGAUAUCCAAUUUCUGGAUCUACAAUUUCUUCAGCAGAGGCUGCCAUAAUGACAUUCUACAUCAAUACACCGGAUGACAAAAGUAUUGCCGAAGCUUGGGAACAGCUGGCCUUGGACAGAGCCGAACAGCGAUUUGCUGGCAUUGAAAAGACGUAUUAUUUUGCCACAAGGAGCCGUAGUGACGAAGCUGGGGACACCAUACGUAAGGACGUCAAUCUGCUCUCAGUCGGCUACCUCCUGGUCAUCAUAUACCUGUUUAUCGUCUUUGGAAGACUCAACUGUGUAGAACAAAGGGUGGGAUUGUCCCUGGCCGGUAUAAUAGUGAUCGGAAUGUCCCUGGGGUUCUCGUUUGGCUUGUCCAGUGCUGCAGGAUGGGAGUACGGACCUCUUCACUCCAUUUUGCCUUUUUUACUUCUUGGUAUUGGGGUAGACGACAUGUUCGUUGUUGUUGGUUCCUAUCAGAGCCUCAGUCACCAUGAACUCAGUUUGCCCUUGACCCAGAGGAUGGGGAAACUACUGAGACAUGCAGGGGUGUCCAUUCUGGUCACCUCGGUCACUGAUAUCCUGGCUUUUGGAAUUGGGGCAACAACUACUUUACCAGCUUUAAAAUCAUUCUGCAUUUUCUCCUGCCUUGGUAUCCUUGGUCUGUUUUCCCUGUCCAUCACCUUCUUUCUGGCUUGCUUCACACUUGACAUACAGAGAACUGAGCAGGGCCGAAACGCCUGCAUCUGUUGUUAUAAGCACAAGCCAGAUUACAAACCCAACAAAUGCAGUCAGAGGAACAACUUCAACAUAUUCCUACGCAAAUACUACUCCAAACUCAUAUUGAAACUACCUGUUAAGAUAGUGGUUGUGGUGAUCAGCGUGGGUUUAUUGGGACUGAACAUCUGGGGAUUCGUCAACCUCAAACAAGACUACAACGACAACUGGUUCUUCCCGUCCGACUCCUAUGCACACGAAUUCAAUGAGAUGAAGGACAAAUAUUUCCCGGGAGGGGGAGCCAUUGGUGGCGUCUACUGCAAGAAUAUUGACUACCAUGGAUCUAGGUCUAGAUUUGAACUUUUAAACACCACCUUGUCCUCCAAUCAGUACAUCACUAAUGGUUCAGUGGACAGCUGGUUCAAAUCCUACACAGACUGGUUGGAUGGAAGCCCCGCAGCAGCCUCGGGAAAGACAACAAACAACUAUCCAAACUCAGCGAAUGACUUUGCAGACCUCUUGUAUACCUUUGUUACCACUGAAGUAACUGGCAAGCGGCAUGCGCGGUAUAUUAAGUUUUUAAACAGCACAGGAACUUUAGAUAUUGGUACGACCAACAUACCAUAUCAGCACAUUUCCUUUGAUACGGCCGCUGAAGAAAUCGUUGCUAUGGACUCUGUUGUUGAUUUGGUGAAAGGGAUUUUCUCAGAGUCUGAGUGUUUCCCAUAUGCUAGAUUUUAUUUACAAUGGCAGACUAAUAAGGUGAUCAAGAAUGAACUGUUCCGUAACUUGGGACUGGCGGCGGCCUGUGUGUUUGUGGUCACUCUGGUCCUGAUAGCCAACCUGUGGACCAGCCUGCUUGUCUUCUCCUGUGUCAUCAUGACCCUGGUUGAUGUGGCGGGUAUCAUGCACCUGUGGGGCCUCUCCAUCAACAUUGUGUCCUGCAUCAACCUUGUGAUAGCCAUUGGUCUAGCCGUGGACUACUCGGCUCACAUCGGCCACUGUUUUAUGACCUUCGUUGGAGACAGAAAUGAGCGUGUGAAGGCCACCCUAGUGGAGAUGGGAAACCCCGUAUUCAGCGGUGGAUUUAGUACAUUUUUAGCCUUUAUCCUGUUAGCAGCCAGUAAAAGCUACAUCUUUACCACAUUUUUCCAGAUCUUUUUCUUGGUGGUGAUAUUUGGUUUAUUCCAUGGUCUUGUUUAUCUGCCGGUCCUGUUAUCUUGGAUCGGACCGAGUGCCUAUUCCACCGCAGACAGGCGCUACAAAGGCGACGAUGUAGACUUGGACAACAACAAAAGCUCUUCAUUGCAAGGACACGACAAUCUAGCCAUGAAAUCAACUAAAAGUAAUGGCCAUCACAGCGUACCAAUUGAGCCACCCCCAGACUACAAUAACACAGAUUUACCAUACAUUCCUCCCCCUGAUUACACUCCUCCCUCCCAACACAAGGGAAUGGCCAAUGGAAAAGCUCCUCAAAUGCAUGGAAAAGCCCACAUUGCCAAUGGGCGGAUAACUCCUGUCAGCUCAUGAAAGUGAUGAAAGUUUUGAUCUUGCCAUGGAUGACUGUGAUAAUAUUUCUGAUAAUCCCAAAUGAUAACUAAUAUAGCCAGUAAUUUUGAUUUUAAUUCAGUGUUAAUUUAUUGUGGUUUAUGUCUGCUGUUCGAAUUUAUUUGUUUAGAUUUUUUUCCCUUUUCCACACAUUCCUAAAUAGUAUUUAUAUGGUGGGGCUUCAUUAAUCUAGACACAAAUAAUCUUGAUAACUUCCCCCAUCCAAAAGGGAAGGGGAUUUAUUUAUGAUAUCUUAGAAUAUUUAUUUACCUGUAUGCUUUAUUAAUCCGGGUGAUUUGGCUGGGAAUAUAAAGAUGUCUGGAAUAACAUGGCUCUACUGUGCAUAUAUGUAUAUCUCCCAAGAUCUAAGAGUCUCAAGUUCCAAGACUUGUUCCAUGUAAUGAGAAUGAAUCUCACAAAGUCUGAUGUCAGUAAGGGGAGUUUGUUUGGUCAUUUGAAUGUUAUACUUGUAGUAUUAUAAUUUAUCUGGAUGCAAAUUGUUUAUUGUACAUCAUCUAUACCAUAUAUACAAAAUUUGGACCAGUUAAGUGGAUCUUUCAUCUCCGCUCUUCAAACCCGUUUUAAGGAGGCUUGUUUAUUUUAAUUACAAGAUAGAUAUUUUUAAGUGUAACUGGAUUCUGCACUCAGAGAAAGAAAACCAAGUGUAACUUGAAGAAGUUUUCAAUAUUUACAUAACUCUAUCAAUACAAGCAUAAUAUUUGAUGUCAUGUCCCCUUUGCUUGUUUUUGUUCUUGUCUGUUAUUUACGAAAUUUUUUAUUAUUGUUGGUAUUCAGUAUGUUAACUAAGUAAAAUUGAAGUUUUGCAUUUAUAUGUAUUUUGAUCUUUAGUUUUUACAUAUCAUUUCAUAACAACCUUCAUCUUCAAUUCAUAGACCAGUGAGUGAUCUUUUUUUCUCAUUUUUCUUAUAAUGUGACAAUCUUCAUAUAUGUCUUUGCUAGCCUUGGUAAAUGAUCCACUUGGAGAGGAGUGGAUUGUCACCUUUCGGUUUGUGAGGAUGGGAAUACCAGUCUUCUAUAGAAAUCAGUGGCUCUGAAUAGGGCCUCAGAUUUCAAAAGAGUUCUUUACAACCAUAUCCUAUGGAAUUUUUUUCUCUUAAUUUGUGGGGUUUUUUUUAAAUGACUGGUACUCAAUAUUUAGAAUGCAUUGGAUGAUCUCAAAAA